CUCCCAAGAAAAUCAGCAGAAAUUGGCACAAGACGUCUUGCGUUACCUGAACACGUCCUCAAAAUUAAGUGAAGACGAGUUUCAGGCUGUAUCUGUGCAGAACUACAGCUUGGCGGGAAGUUUUCUUCUGAUUUCCUUCCGUGUUGACCUGAAACCCGACUCGUCACUGACCGAAUCUGGUCUGGAAAAUAUUUUCAUGGAACUUCUUCCAAGCUCACGUCUUAUUGAACCAAACCAUAAAGUUAUGCCCGAGGAUAUCAACGAAUGUGAGCUAUCUACGGAUGUGUGUAGUAACGGUAACUGUACAAAUACAGACGGUAGCUAUUUUUGUACCUGUUCUGAAGGUUUCCAACUCGGAAACGGGAAUGCUUCUUGCAUAGAUAUCAAUGAGUGUCUCGGGAAUCAUGAAUGCAACCAAACUUGUAUCAACUCACGUGGGAAUUACUCGUGUUCUUGCAAUCCUGGAUUUGAGCUUGAUGAUGAUGGUUUUACAUGCAGUGAUACCAAUGAAUGUAAUGCAACAGACGCGUGUAGUAAUGGGAACUGUACAAAUACAUAUGGUAGCUACUAUUGCACUUGUGAUGACGGUUUCACUGGAACUGGAAAUGACUCUUGUAUAGAAAUCGAUGAGUGUGAAUCGAAUCCUUGCCAAAAUGGAGCGACUUGCAUAGACUGGGUCAACAUGUAUAGCUGUACCUGCGCACCUGGUUAUACUGGAACUAAUUGCUCAAUGGAAAUAACCACGCCCACAACCACCACCGCCCCCACCACAGAGGGCCAACCACCUACAAGUGCCAUACAACCCAGCACAACUAUUACAGAAGAUACUAGGCCUACUGAUUUGACUAGUUCUUCAACUGAAAUAACUACGCCCAUUGCUGCCACCAACACAGAGGGCAAACCACCUACAACUACCACACAACCCAGUACAAUUAUUACAGAAGAUACUAGUCCUACUGAUUUAACUACUUCUGAUUCUACCACUCUUCCAACAACGAUCCCUUCAGCUGAAAUAACCACGCCAACAACCACCACCACCACAGAGGGCACUCCAUUUACAACUACCAUACAACCCGGCGCAACUCUCACAGAAGAUACUAGUCCUACUGAUUUGACUAGUUCUGAUUCUACCACUCAUCCAACAACAAUCACUUCAACUGAAAUAACUACACCCACUGCUGCCACCAACACAGAGAGCACACCACCUACAACUACCAAAAAACCCAGUACUGCAGAAGAUACUAGUCCUACUGAUUUAACUACUUCUGAUUCAUCCACUCUUCCAACAACGAUCACCUCAACUGGUAUGUUCAGAAGGAAAAUGAAUUAA